AUGGCGCCAGCCAAAGCAAGCGCGAAGACCUCUGCCACACAGGAGAAGAUGUCAAAGACCGAGAUCUGCAGGUUCAACAGCAUGGGCAAGUGCAAGCGCGGUGCGCAGUGCAGCUUUGCCCACGGCCCAGAGGAGCUUGUUGCCAAGCCCGACCUCUUCAAGACGAUGCUUUGCCGGAAGUGGGCGAAGGGCUCCUGCAAUUUUACCAACUGCACAUUUGCGCACGGAGAAGAGGAGCUGCGCGAUGCCCGAUCCAAGCGUCUUACAGGACUUCGCAACUUUGACGUGGUCGCGGAGAAGGAGGAGGCCAUUCUCGAGGAGACCUGUGUCUCCGAAGCCAGUACGGAGGACGGAGGCACUGGCACAGGCAGUGCGUCUGAGGAGCGGAUGGAGGACCACGUUUGGGGCUUGGAGCUGCUUCUCAGCGCGCAGACGGCCGCGUUGAAUGCUGCUACGCAGGACGCCGAGACCCGCCCCGUCUUCGUUCUGCCCGGGGAUGCGGCGAAGUUCCCGAUGAAGGCAUCAUCGGCACAGGUAACAACAGUCCUAAGGAGUAAGCUAGAGUUUCAGGUUCAAAAACAGAUAUAG